UCUGUGACUUUUCAGUUUUCCGUCCUCUGUGUAGACUUUGUGUUUAGGUGUAAACAUGUCGAGCAAAACGAUGAAAGCCAUCAGGGUCAGCGAGUUUGGAGCCCCAUCGGUCCUCAAAAUGGCAUCUGUGAGCAUCCCUCAGCCUGGAAUCGGAAAGGUGUUGAUUCGUGUUCACGCCUGUGGAGUGAAUCCUGUGGAAACUUACAUCCGGUCUGGGAAUUUUGAGAAACCCCCCCUGCCAUAUACACCGGGUAGUGAUGCAGCAGGAGUGGUGGAGUCUGUUGGAAAGGAAGUCACUUCAGUGAAGAAAGGUGAUCGUGUUUACACCACAGCCACCGAGUCAGGAAGUUAUGCAGAAUACACAAUCGCUGCUGAGGACUGUGUUCACAAGCUGCCUGAUGUUUUAGACUUUGCUCAGGGAGCAGCCAUUGGGAUCCCAUAUUUCACUGCUUUCAGAGCUCUGGUUCACAAAGCUCGUGUCAAAGCAGGACAAACCAUCCUCAUCCAUGGAGCCAGUGGAGGGACGGGUAUCGCUACCUGCCAGCUCGCUCGUUCUAUGGGCCUCAAAGUUCUGGGAUCAGCAGGUACUAAAGACGGGAUGAAGCUGAUUACCAAGAAUGGAGCUCACCUGGCUUUCAAUCACAGAGAAAAAGGAUACACUGAUAAAAUCAUGGCAGCCACAGGUGGCAAAGGUGUAGAUGUGAUUGUGGAGAUGCUGGCAAAUUCCAACCUCAGCAAAGAUAUGGAGAUGGUGGCCAAAGGAGGACGUAUUGUGAUUAUUGGCUCCAGAGGUCCCAUCGAGAUCGACCCUGUGAACAUCAUGGUGAAAGAGGCCUUAGUCAUGGGAGUGUUAAUUUUCCUCGCUACACUGGAGCAGAACAAAGAGUGUGAAGAGUACCUCUUUUCAGGGAUGGAGGCUGGUUGGCUGCGUCCACUCGUUGGUCCUAAGUAUACGCUGGACAAAGCUGCCCAGGCCCACAAAGACAUCAUCGAGUCCUCCGGGGCUGCUGGGAAGAUGAUCCUGACCAUGUGAUGACAGCAACAUACCUCAGCUCAAAGGUCACAGACUGGCUGUUUUUAAAGGGAGAGUCUGAAGGAGCAACAAAACUGGUUCAUAAAGCUUUUCUCUGAAAUCAUGUUUGAUUGUUACAGCAAAAUAAUCAAUCUUAAAGUUUACCAAUGGUAAUAAUUAGAUGUGCUAAUAUGAGGAUAAUUUCAAGAUACAAAUGAUAGUUUUAAGGAUGUCUUCCAUCCAAAAUACUACUCUGUCCUGUAAUUCAACCUGGUUGCUAUGAGGUACAUGAUGAACAAGUUGUGUAAUUAGCAUAAUUAGCUCAUUAUCAGGUAAAAUUAUGAGGCAAUCCAAUGCUAUGGGCUUUGUAAUCAUGAACUUUCAAGACACAAACACUUGGAAAAACUUCCUGUUCAACUGAAGACAGCUGGGUAUAGUUUUCAUUGUUCAUCAAACAAAACUACGUUAAUACAGUCAGUAUUCAUGUUGCAAUUCUUGUCCAUCCUGACCAUAAUGUGUGGUCAAUUCAGUCCUUAUCCUGCUGAGUAGAAAAUAAGGGUCCUACAACCACAGUCCUGAAAAUGAGCUCUGACAUCUCUGUGUGCUGUAUUAUUAUUAUCUAUCACUUGUUUAAACCCAGUAGAGUGUUUUUAAAUUGAGUUCUCAGAUUCUACUUCUUCCAUUGUUCUUGGUAGUUACCAUAUUUUAUUUGUGGGUUCUCUUAAUAUUCAUGAUAAUCAAUUUACAUCUGAAUUUUUAAUUACACCGAACACUUUAGCUCUGUCAUGUUCCCCUGGUUCUCCUGAGCAGUUUUUGCGGUGUGUCGGGGUGCAUUGUCCUGCUGAGGGUGGAAACUGGCAUCAAGGACUGCUGUUGUCAUGGGAGGUGGGGGGUUGCUUGACCUGCAGUGUUUAGGUGGGUGGUACAUGUCAAACAUCUACAUGAAUGUCAGGACUCAAGGUUUCCCAGCAGAACAUUGUUGUUGUGUUUAGAUGCAUUUAUGCUUUACGCCACUAGGCGUCACUGUGAAAUACGAUGCUUACUAAGACGCCAUAGAAAGAAAGUAGAAGAGAGUUCUAAGAUGGCGACUACAUGUUAUUUGAGUGUCUUCAAUACCUGUACUAUCAAAAGUGAAGUAAAGUGCCGCUCUAUCUAC